UACUGAAUAUGACGUGACUUACAGUAUCUAAGUUAAGUUAUUACAAAAUACAGGUUACAAAGAAAUAUGGCGACAAAUAUUACCAACUUUCUCCCAUUGAUGUGUGUUCUUCUCUUUGGAAGAGUGGCCUCUGAUUUAAAGAUAUUUUCGACAAAAAAAAUAACGUAUGGACAGGAUUAUCUAUAUAUCCAGUUCCGGUCAGUGCAAAGUUCAAAAACAGCCACGGUCAACAGAUUGAUUGUACAAAGAAACACUACAUCGGCUUUUGUUGACAUCCUAGAAACAGAUUUCAACAGCAUAACGUGGAAAGAUAGUAAGAUGCAAGAACGAUCCUGUUCAGAAGUAUUGGAGGGACCAUGUGCAAAGGUUAUGGAUAUCCAAAUACCGAAAGAUAAGGUUAUUUAUACAGAUACUGGUAUAUAUAAAGGCACUUUGGAACUUUCAGAUGGAUCAAAGCUGGAGGAACAGGCGUAUAUUGAGGUAACAGGUUCCGUCAACGCUGGAAACAAUAUUGACUGUGCAUCCUUAAAGUUUGCUGUGUAUAUAAUGGGUAUGAACUUGCUGUUACACCAACUGUAAAAGAAUCACACUCGCUGUGUUGUGGUGUAUGGUUUGACAAUUAACACGUCAGUGAGGAUCUGGAUGGAGGGUCUUUCAUUUUUGUAUUCUUUUAUUUUUUAGGCCAUUUUUCUCUAUUCUUAAUACCUUUUGCCCAUUAUUCUCUAAUCUUUAUAAUUUAGCACCUCAUUAUUCUGGUGCAAUAUUCUCUAUUCUUUUUAUUUUUUGCCCAUUAUUUUCUACUCUGUAAAACCCCAUCCACACCCUCAUUAGUCCUCAUCAUCUACUUUAUUAUAGCACCAGAUGUGACAUCAGAUGAUUGUAAUUCAAAAUGUCUUUAAUUACUGAAUGUGAAAAAAAACCUUAACGUUUAAAGACAUUUUAAUUAUGUACAUAUUGUUAAAAUGCAUUACUAUAUUUUAUUGGUUACAUUAAUUCAUAAUUGUAUAUAUAAGGUCCCUAUACAAUCGUAGUCUCUUAGUUAAAAUCUAUAGAAGUCUAUCUCUAUCAAAAAGGUUCAUCAUAUUUAGCUGUCACGUUUACUUUUUAUCUUCAUCUCAGUCACUGACUAGGGGCAUAUACAAAUUCCGACAUCUAUAACUGUUCGAGUUGGUUUGUUUUGCAUUUUGCUUUUAGUUAUAGAGCUGAAUAAAAGAUGCGUAUCAGA